GACGCCGGGGCGCAGGAGACAGAGCUGAGCAGAGCGAGCGCCGCGCACCACGCCGUGCCCCGGUACCCGUCCUGCCCGCCGCACAAGCAGCGCAGCCUCUCGCCGAUUGUAUGGUCCAGGCCUCGAUGAGGAGCCCAAACAUGGAGACGUUCAAGCAGCAGAAGGUGGAGGAUUUUUAUGACAUUGGAGAGGAGCUGGGGAGCGGCCAGUUUGCCAUCGUGAAGAAGUGCCGGGAGAAGAGCACAGGGCUAGAGUAUGCGGCCAAGUUCAUCAAGAAGAGGCAGAGCCGGGCCAGCCGUCGGGGCGUGUGCCGGGAGGAAAUCGAGAGGGAGGUGAGCAUCCUGCGGCAGGUGCUGCACCCCAACAUCAUCACGCUGCACGACGUCUAUGAGAACCGCACCGACGUGGUGCUCAUCCUCGAGCUAGUGUCCGGAGGAGAACUGUUCGAUUUCCUGGCCCAGAAGGAGUCGUUGAGUGAGGAGGAGGCCACCAGCUUCAUUAAGCAGAUUCUGGAUGGGGUGAACUACCUUCACACGAAGAAAAUUGCCCACUUUGAUCUCAAGCCAGAAAAUAUUAUGUUGUUAGACAAGACAAUCCCCAUUCCACACAUCAAACUGAUUGACUUUGGCCUGGCUCAUGAAAUAGAAGAUGGGGUUGAAUUUAAAAACAUUUUCGGAACACCGGAAUUUGUUGCUCCAGAAAUCGUGAACUAUGAGCCCCUGGGAUUGGAGGCCGACAUGUGGAGCAUCGGUGUCAUUACCUACAUCCUACUAAGUGGAGCAUCCCCCUUCCUGGGAGACACGAAGCAAGAAACACUGGCAAACAUCACAGCUGUGAGUUAUGACUUUGAUGAGGAAUUCUUCAGCCAGACAAGUGAACUGGCCAAGGACUUCAUUCGGAAGCUUCUUGUGAAGGAGACACGGAAACGGCUUACCAUCCAAGAGGCUCUCAGACAUCCCUGGAUCAUGCCGGUAGACAACCAGCAAGCCAUGGUGCGCAGGGAGUCUGUGGUCAACCUGGAGAACUUUAAGAAGCAGUAUGUCCGCAGGCGGUGGAAGCUCUCCUUCAGCAUCGUCUCCUUGUGCAACCACCUCACCCGCUCCCUGAUGAAGAAGGUACACUUGAGGACAAGCGAGGACCUGAGGAACUGCGAGAGUGACACAGAGGAGGACAUUGCCAGGAGGAAAGCCCUCCACCCCCGGAGGAGGAGCAGUACCUCCUAACGUACCUGGUUUUCAGUGGCUGCCAGGGAAGUCCACGUUCCUUGUGUUCCUUCUAUGCAAGCUCUUGGACCCUGCUUGUCACCGGUACCCAGACCUUCUGUGUUCCUGAGCAUAAGAGAGAGGAGUCUGCAGGACUCAGAACUUUCGGGAGGCCCUGGGAGCCGUGGCUGUCUCCUGCUGAGGAGUCUCCAAGCUCUUAGAUCUCCAGAAAACUGGCAGUCAUCUGUCUGCUAACUUCAAAAGCUGGGAUGGGGUGUGGACUGAGGAAAUGGCUAUAAAGGAGUGUCAUCUUCACCACAGGUUAAAGUCAGGUUUAGGCAGCUUUCCUUACUCGGUGACAGAGUUCAGAACCAGCCUCGGCAGCCAUCAUAUCAGGAAGACAGAAGCCGACCCUAUCAGGACACAUGCGUGAAGAGAAUUUCUAGAGUGAGGGACCAAUUUUGUGACCUCCCAGAAUUCACAGGAGUCAGGAUGUCCAACGUCAGACUGUACAGCAGCCUCUUGUCAGCCUACUGUGUUGUGAUUUUUUCCUCAUUUUUAUUAUUAAACUUCUUGUUU